GUGUGUAUAUUUGUAAGUAUCCGGGAGUGUGGGGGGCAUACGGAGUCUUAUAAAAAACCCAUAUUUUGUAAAUGACAAAGGAAAUUAUUAAGUUAAAAACUCCAUCCGGCCGUGACACGGGGCAGGUGCUUAUACUUCCUCAUCUCCGGAUAUGCCUCAGUUAUUAUCUCACCAGCUUUCAGAAAACAUGACAGAACUCUACCUCCAUCAAUUUAUGAACGGUCUUCAUCGUCAUGGUGAAAUAUUAGAGGUGGAUAAUCCCGAGUCUGAUCAGACAGAAAGUCGGCGGAUCCAGGAUUAUUUCUGCACCGCUCUUCUAGUAGCUUGUCUAUGUUUCUACAUGCCCACAGGUUUACUAGCAGUCCAAUACGCAAAAAAGGCAAGGAGAUCAUUACGAAGUGGAAACGAAGAGGAGGCGGAGCGAUUUUCUCAAAAGUCCUUAGUUCUGAUCCUAAUUACUUUACUUGCAUUACCAGUCUUAUUUAUAACGGCUCUGGUAACAUGACAACAGCAAUUUUGUAAAUUUGUGUCUUUUGUUGUUUUUAUUUUCAUUUUAGGCUACAUGACAUGUGUAUUUGUUAGAAAAAUGUGUGUGUGUAUUUGUUCAUGCGUGUGAGGAUUAAAAAAUAAAUAAAUUGCUUUAAAACAGUGAAAAACUGUUUUAUGUCAGACACUCUGUAAAACGUGUACGACGUCACAAAUAAGUUACGUCACAAAGAUGAAUUUGCACUCUUCUUUGAUGGAGGGAAAACUAACCCAUGGAAUGUUGAUUACUUGUUGCCAUGUACUCGGCCACGUUGAUCACAAAACAGUUUGUCCUGACGACGGCAUGGAUUGUUCUAAGAAAGAUGAUACCUACUGCUACCGUAUAGACGAACCCGUUCGGUAUAGAUGCAGAGAAUUUGAAGUAAACCAAGACCACUACAGCGAGUGGUCGGAUUCCGAACAAACAGAAGACUGGCACAUUGAGGAACUUGUUCAAAGGACCAUACUGUCUAUAGUUUAUGGAGGACGAUUCGAAAGCUCCCGCACAGAUAACGACAGACUGAUGACGGAUGAAGAGGCCUCACGUGACCUGCAAACUAUUCAGUCGCCGAAGGACCACCGACAGAGGAACGCGCGCAACCGGAAACAAGAAAAACGUCCAAAGAAAGGGAAAAAGGAGGGAUUUGAAUAUGACAAUCGACUAGGUAUUGAGCCAACCCUUACCGUACCAAUGUCAAAUUUCAGGGCUAUGGUGAAGGCCGAGGUGGAGUCGCGGGCCCGCACAGUUCACAACUUCUACGCCUACCAGUGGCAGAACGUUCAGAAAGAAAGGAUACAUACGUAUGCUGAACUCAUCAGCGCUAGAGAAAGAGAAAACAGCUUGAAGGACUAUUUGAAGCAAGCCAGAGACGAGAUUAACCACCAACAGGAAGAGAACGAACGAAUUAGGAUCGAGCUUGAAAACAUUAAGAAUGCAAAGAAAAGAAAGAAAAAAGACGCAAAACUUCGACGAAUUAAAGAUUUGCAGGAACGAGUUGAAACGGUCAAAUGUGAUCGAGAGGUUCAGCAAGAGAAGGAGGUUGAGGAUAGGGGAGAUCAGCAAGCUGAGAAGCAGUGCCCCUCUCUGAAGGUGGAGACAGGAACUACCUUAUUAAACAUAAGUAAAGAGACACCAACAAUGUGUGACGAAAAUCCGCCAGAUGGCGUCACUAACAAGGAAGUCGCUUCCCGGAAUGAGACUGGAAAGGCUGCCAUUGAAUUAAAUAACCAGGAGAACGAGGUACUGGAUUCUUAUACUCCACAAACCACAGCAGCUAGAAAGAGUGAAGAGGAUAAUAAAGACAGUCUGGGCAAAUACAGGACAGCUGGGGUCAGCGGAAUUAAAAAGACGUGUAUGCCAUUCGAGAAGACAGUGUCCGAAGAGAAAUUCUUGGCUUCAGUAGAACCAGGUCAAGGAGAACCAGCUCAGGAAAUAGCAAAACCGAAGUCACCAGAAAUAAACAAUCAAAGGACUGGAAAUGGCGAUGAUAAUGGUUUACAAUAUGGAAAUGGAGAUACAGGUGCGAAGAUGUGAACUUGGUGAAUGCAGUGGUUUCAAGAAAAGAAAAACUUUUCUAAAAGACACUUUGUAAAUUCAUGUCAAUGUAAUUCUCUUUGAAUUAAAGUAUUAUUUUCGA